GCGUGGUCGUUUUUUUGCGCGCGCCGUUUCUCGACGUGUCUCGUGUCUGUCGUCUGUGGUCGUUUAUGCGCACACUGCCGCCGCGUCAGAUCGAAUAGAUUUAUUUUGAAUUUCGAUCCUUUGUCUCCGAAGUUAAUCUAAGCCGGUUGGGUCCCCGACGCGGAAAUAGCCAAAAACGUGUAUUCAAAUUGAUUUUUUUUUGUGUCAUCUCGCCCGGAAUGUCGUCGCAAAAUUGUAUUGGAAUAAAUUAAAAAAAAAAAAACGCGCGCGAAACUUCGGCAAGAAAACCGGAUUUGUAUCGUUGGAACGGGAAAAACGCGCAAUUCACGUUUGCCACCCUGAGCCACAUGUUGAUUACGGUGUGUGAUAACCGCUGUUGUUGUUUGUACCCGUCCCCGUCGCCACCGCCGCCGACCGUGUUGGAGGACACUCCCAGUUUUGUUGUCCUUUUUCAAAACUUGAAAUUUCAGUACGCGUCUUGAUGUACCAGUGAUUUCUAUGGCCAAGUCCAGGAACGGUCUGACGGCCGUUGGCCUGUCGGUUUUGGGAGCGUUUUUGGUCCUGUUGGCGUUCACGACGAAGAGUUGGUUGGUCACGGAUGGCAAAUUAGAGCACCCAAAAUUCGAAAGGAUCGGUCUGUGGGUAGUAUGUUUUAAAGAAUUUGAAGACUCUCAUCAUUGGUACGACACACAAUUCCAUAGUUGUUGGUGGGUGUUUGAAGAAGAGUAUUAUAUUAUCUAUGAUAUUUUAUUCAAAGGUUUUUACAUUGCUACUCAGUUUUGGUUCUCAGCUUGUGUUCUCUUAACAGUGUUUGGUUUAUUCUACACUACACUUUAUAUGUAUUUAAAUAGAGCUUAUGAACGCUAUGUUCAAAUUCUAUUUACAGCUGGAAUACUUUACAUAGCUGCUGCUAUAUGCAGUACUAUUGCUCUCAUAAUAUUUGGAAUAGAUGGAGAUAGUAGAGUAUGGAUGCCACAUUGGGAACACAAUGAUAUAGGGUGGAGUUACGGAGUAGCAGUCGCAGGAACUAUUGCCCUUUAUGUCAGUGGAAUAUUGUAUGUAAUAGAGGGACGAGCUCACAAGAUUAAACGUCAAAAAAUGGCUACCCAAAGGGCCAAUUACAACUAUGACGCAGAUGACUUAAAACAAUCGUCUCACACUGACAUAUAAUUUUUCAAAUUUUUAUUUUCAAAACUUCAGCAUCUGCACUUUUUCAUUAAUUUAUUCUUAAUGAUUAUGUAUGGUGAGCACUUCUAAAACAUAGACUCAUUGACAUUCUUCAAAUGUCUGCAUGAACUGUUCACUUUGCUUAGAAAACAUUUGGUAUUUAUUUUGGAUAACAAAUAUUAUUAAGUAUAGUAUGAAUGAGCACUUAUGGAUUUUUAUUCUUAAGA